AUGGGCGAGACGUGGAUCAACAAGCAGCGUUCUGUACGUGUUAUUGCGGUUUGUCUGAUUGCGUUGACAGCGCUAUUGGUGCUUUUCCAAGGUGCAUCGUACAAUGGAGAGGCUGGGAUUGGAGCAGCUGCUGGGAGCGGGUCGGGCAAGUCGAACCAGUAUGAGACAGUUCGUGCGAAGACGGAUAGUCGAGUGUCGGUUGAUCCAAACACAGGUUUCAAGUACACGUAUAUUGAUAGCGGGAAGUAUCCAGGGUCGAAGGUGAAGGCUACGUUUGUGACGUUGGCACGUAACAGUGAUUUGGAGGAGCUUUUGGGGUCGAUCCGUUCUGUGGAGGACCGUUUCAACAAGAAGUUCCAGUACGACUGGGUGUUUUUGAACGACGAUGAGUUCACGCAGGAGUUCAAAGAGACUGUUGCUGCGUUGAUCAGUGGUAAUGUGAAAUUUGGGUUGAUUCCUGAAGAGCAUUGGUCUUACCCCGAGUGGAUCGACAAGGAGAAGGCCGCUAGGGUGCGUGAGGAGAUGAGAGAGAAGAAGAUCAUUUACGGGCACUCGGAAUCGUACAGACACAUGUGUCGUUUCGAGUCUGGGUUCUUUUACAGACACCCAUUGAUGGACGAGUACGAGUUCUACUGGCGUGUGGAGCCUGGUGUCAAGAUAUACUGUGACAUCGACUACGACAUCUUCAAGUUCAUGAAGGACAACAACAAGAAGUACGGGUUCACGAUCUCCUUGAAGGAAUACGAGGCUACCAUCGAAACCUUGUGGCAAACGGUGUCCAGUUUCACCAAGGAAAACCCACAGUACUUGCACAAGAACAACAUGAUGAAGUUCGUUUCGGACGACGGCGGACACUCGUACAACUUGUGCCACUUCUGGUCCAACUUCGAAGUCGCCUCGCUCGACUUCUUGAGAAGUGAGGCUUACUCCAAGUACUUUGACUACUUGGACCACGCUGGUGGAUUCUUCUACGAAAGAUGGGGUGACGCUCCAGUGCAUUCUAUCGCUGCCGCAUUGUUUUUGGACAGAAACGAGAUCCACCACUUCUACGACGUUGGAUACUACCACGUCCCAUUCCACUCCUGUCCUAUCUCCGCAGAGUACAGACAGCAGCACAAGUGUGUCUGUUCUCCUCAAGAUGACUUCACCUGGAAGGGAUACUCGUGCACGACUCAUUUCUACACGACCAACAACUUGAAGAAGCCCGAGGGCUGGCAAAACUAUACCUGA